UUGAUAAUUAAUAAUACAAAUUAUAACUCAAUUAAUAUAAAAUUGCUUGAAAGAAAACAUAUAAAUCCAAAAUGAAAAGAUCUUUAGAUUCUUAAGUGAAAAUUGGACAUUUUGAUUAUACGCACAUAAGCACACAGUAAUAAUAUAUUAGAAAGAAUAUUAUUUUAUUCUUUUAACUUUGUGGAACACGUGAAUAUAAUUGUGUUAAUCUUUUGAAAAAAAGAAUUAGUUUAAAUAUUAUGAAUAUUUAGUUUGCAUAAUUCCCGCAACGGAAGUUGUUUGUGACUGCGCAAAGAGUGAUGCGUGGUAAACAGCAGUUUCUUUCUCUUUUAAACGGAGCAAAAUGUCGAAGAGAGGUGCCAAAAAUUUGUAUGUCAUUGCAGUACAAGGUAUUAAAGGCAGAUUAAAUCGUUUGCCAGCUGCAGGAUCAGGUGACAUGAUAGUUGCCACCGUCAAGAAAGGAAAACCUGAACUUAGGAAAAAGGUUAUGCCUGCAGUUGUGAUACGUCAACGGAAACCAUUUCGAAGGAAGGACGGGGUUUUUAUAUACUUCGAAGAUAACGCAGGGGUAAUUGUGAAUAAUAAAGGGGAAAUGAAAGGAUCAGCUAUUACAGGACCUGUUGCAAAAGAAUGUGCGGAUUUGUGGCCCAGGAUCGCAUCCAACGCUAGUAGUAUCGCCUAAACAUUCUGUAUAAAUUUAUUGUCCUUAAUAAAAUAAGUUGAGCAUUUGCUCACGAUUUUUUGGUGUAUUCUGUUUUUGUUUUCAAUUUCCUUUUUCAACUGUACGUUAAAAUCAGAAAAUCGCAUAAAAAAAAAUAUCGGACAAAUUCAUUGAAAAGUUUAAGGAAAUAAGAUCUAAUCAAAUCAAACAUCUUAAAGUUCAAAUCGAAUGAAGAAAACAAGCUGUAAGUAUAAUCAGAAAGAUAAAACGACAAAACUUCAUAAACUAAUUCUUUUAAUUCUUUAGUUCUAAGUUUUUUUUAAUUCUUUAAUUCUAAGUCUUUUUCCCAAAUAAAAAUUAUAGAUUUAUAAUUAUUUUAUAUAGGUACUAAAAUACUAGCGUCACAUAGCGGCAAAUAG